GCACAGCCAGACCCUCCCAGGCGGGGGGGGGGGAGCUUUUAAAGCAGUGUAACCCCGCCCCGAGCAGAGCUAUGCACCCACUGGCUGCUCCGCAGCAUCUCUGCAGGGCAGAGGAGAGGAGACUGGGGGGCUCUUUUCUCCCCCUCCCCGGCUCCGGCAAUGGUCGGAGCCGAGUCCAUAAAGGGAUAUUGUGCCUGCUCCUGGACUGGUGACAGGAAGGAUUAACCGACACAGACCCCAAACACCAUUCCCGGUGUUCAAGAUGUCAUUGAAGGUGCAGACAAGCAACAUCACAAACAAGAACGACCCCAAGUCCAUCAACUCCAGAGUCUUCAUUGGGAAUCUCAACACAGCCGUCGUCAAGAAAUCAGAUGUGGAGACCAUUUUCUCCAAGUAUGGCAGAGUGGUGGGCUGCUCCGUUCACAAGGGCUAUGCGUUCGUACAGUACUCGAACGAGAGGCAUGCACGGGCCGCUGUCCUGGGGGAGAACGGACGAAUACUUGCUGGGCAGACGCUGGAUAUCAACAUGGCUGGAGAACCUAAACCCAACAGACCCAAAGGGCUGAAGAGAGCAACCUCCGCCUUGUAUAGUGGAUAUGACUUUGACUAUGACUACUACAGAGAUGACUUCUACGACAGGCUUUUCGAGUAUCGAGGCCGGGUCUCUCCUGUCCCCAGGGUGGUUCCUGUGAAGCGUCCCCGGGUGACUAUCCCCUUAGUCCGACGUGUAAAAGCAACGCUCCCCGUCAAACUUUUCGCCAGAUCGGCCGCCAUUGCAAACAGCUCUGCCAAAUUAAAAUUGAAAUGCAAUGAGCUGCAGACAAUCAAAACCGAGCUGACACAGAUCAAAUCCAACAUUGAUGCUCUUCUGGGCAGAUUGGAGCAGAUUGCUGAAGAACAGAAAUCAUCCACAGAGGUACGAAAGAAGGCAGAUGGGAACAAAAGCGAGAUCUCCCAGGACGACACAGCAUCAGAGGCAGAAAUCACCACGGAGGAGCCGCUGAACGGGGAGGAGGGAGAAGAGGAGGGACUCACGCGAGAUGACUGUGAAGAUGAACUGGAGAAAAGCCAUUACACCGAUGUGGCGGAUGCCAGCCUACAGUAACCAGUAGCACGUUCGGAACAGUGAUGAACAUUAGUGUGAGGAGAGCACGAGGUUAUAUCCUGGACUGGCAUGCUGAGCCGGACAAGCAUAAAAUGCAGGGCUGCUGUCAUCUCUGCCUGGCAUUCCAAAGGAGAAACAUGGACUGACAUCUUCAACCCAUCUGUAAAGCAAAAACGAAAACCAGUCAUCCAAGUGGAUCCCUGCUCUUCAGAGCCCUGCUGCCGGCCUGGGCAGUGGACAAACACAUGCUCCAUGACCGUCACUGACCACACUGUGGGAUGGAGGUUGUAUUAUAAAAUGAAUCGGAGACAUUUUAGAGCUGUCCUUAGGGGUGGGAAGAGAUAGCUAGUCGUAAUCCAAUAAAGAAUUUAGUUCCUGAGGCAGAAGGGGCCGGCGUGUUUGUUAAUUGGGGAAAUGAGUAUGUUGGUCUGGACAAUUUGUAGUUUCACACAUAGAUCCUGUUCAUGAAUAGGGCAGAGGGACACCUUUCCUCCCCAGACCGAUCACCUCGUUCUGAGUCCUUUUCAUCCCAUGAGCCACCUUGGAUGCACAGUCACCUCCGAGUGUAAGGGAAUCGGUAGCAUGCCUCUUGUUGCGCGCUGGGCUCCUUGGACCAGCAUGUCAGCAUGAAGAGAGAGAAGGAAGCCAUCGACAGGAGAAUAAGUGAGCCAGAGCAGCCGAAACAAAGCACCUUUAGUCUUCAGAGGUCUGGUUUCUUAGCCAUCCGACUGACAAUGCGUAACUAAAGGGUAAACAGGCAAACAGUCACUGUGGACUAAGGGGGUGUGGGUGAAAGUGGACCCAGGUUGCUUGCUAGUGUGAGACCCUUUUAUUGGACAAUCAAACAGUUCAGGCUGAAGGGUGCGAUGCCACCUCUUCCCGUCCGGCCCAGCACCCGUGCAUGGUUCGGCAAGCGACUCAAUCCCUAGUAGCAGCAUGGUCACGCACAAUCCUUCGCGCCAGCCCCCUUUUGGGCCUUCAAGGUCUGGCUGGGAGGUGGUGCGGGUGGGAUGAGCUGGUCCCUGCACCAGACCCCGCAGGCUGCUCUUCACAUCACUGUGUAUUGCAAUGGGGCUGGGGGAUGCAGUAACUCACCUGAGCGUAAAAGACUUGUGAGAGUUAGUGUCCGGCAUGCUGGGCCUGAGGGAAUUAGAGCAUCCGCUUUCCUCCCCACCCUGAAUUCACACUGCCCUUAGCCCGCUCACAGCCCAGAAGACAAAGGUCAGCAGCAGACAUGGGUGGUUUCUUCAAAGGAAAGUCUGUAAAAGGACCCCCCACUUUUCCAUCUGUUGUGUUGUCAGAUUCCCUCCUUAUUGGGCCUAUCCUUAGUCUCUGGCUUCAGCGGUUGAUGGGGCUGAGACUCAGUCUACACUGCCACACCAACUGGAGGCCCCCCAACCCCCACCCCGACUGCCGCCCAAGUCCUCUCCUUGACCAAACUCCAAGAAACAGGAUGAAACAAAGCAGAACCACAGAGAGCUGCUUGAACAGUUUCCCAGCAGCCUCCUGGCUUCUGCUCCAGCACUCAAAUCCAGGCCUCACACAGAGUCUUUAGGAGGGAGACAGAGUGGAAAGCAAGCCAUGGGGCCAUGCUUCCCUCUCCGAAAGAGCCUGGCCUGCUCAUAAGCAUGGCUUUUGAAGCACAAUGUUUUACUUGCAUUUCUUCGUUGGAAAUAAUCAUGAGGGCUAAAAGGGACAAACAUUCUUUUCUUUUCCUUCUCCUCUUCCUUCCAUGUUUCAGUUCCAGUACCAUUUGUUUGUCCAUUGUGCUGUGCCGAGCCAUUGUAGCAUUGUUGUUUAGGCUUUGAGAGAUGAGCUGCAAUUUUUGCUAUGAACUGACCAUGAUGCUGAUAUGUGGGAAGAAGGUGGCCUUGUAUAUAAA